AUGGUUCAAGGCCUGUACGGUCACUCAUAUUGCGGUGGAAGAAGGGUGGUUACUACCACUCCUGGUUUCAUAAAGUUAAAUGUGGAUGGGGCUGUGUCAGCUUCUUGGCGUGGAGGCGGUAUUGGUGGGAUAUUUGGUGAUCGGAAUGGGGAUUGUCUUGAUUCUUUCUCAACAGCAGUAGGGCAGGGACCUCCGGUGCAAGCUGAGUUGUCAGCAAUAAGACAUGAUAUUGAUAUUUUUCUCGAGAUGCAAUAUAGUAAGGAAAAGAGGUUGAUUGUAGAAAGUUCUCCACUUCCAUUAAAGCUUCAAUCCUUGGUUCUUUAUCGUAAUCACUUGGUAGUUUCAUACCAAGUUUCCAUUAAAAUUUCAUCGUGGGGUUUGGAUUACGUGGUGAUUACAAGCGUGGACCGGGAUGGUUUGGCUGAUCAAGGAAGUGGGCAUUUUGCGGAAAAGGUUGAGAAGUUGAAAACUUUGAAGCCUAAAAUGCUUAUAGAAGCCUUGGUUCCUGAUUUCCGGGGAGAUGCCGGCUGUGUAGAGAAAGUUACAAAAUCUGGGUUGGAUGUCUUUGCUCACAAUAUUGAGACUGUUGAAGAACUUCAAAGGGAUGUACGUGAUGACCGAGCUAAUUUUAAGCAAUCAUUGGAUGUUCUAAUGAUGGCCAAAGAGUAUGCUCCUGCUGGAACACUUACCAAGACUUCAAUAAUGUUAGGAUGUGGAGAAACGCCUAAUCAAGUUGUGAAAACAAUGGAGAAGGUUCGAGCAGCAGGUGUUGAUGUGAUGACAUUCGGUCUGUAUUUGAGACCAUCAAAGCGCCACAUGCCCGUAUUAGAAUACAUUACACCUGAAGCCUUUGAGAAAUAUAGAGCCCUUGGCAUGGAAAUGGGUUUUGACAAACAAACGUGGUUGAACUCAACCAGCUUAUCGUUCUCAUGGUUCAUGAAUUACGGGUUUAACAAAAACGGCGGUAGCAUGGGAUCGUGGAGAGCGUAA